GGACUGGAGGAGCUUUCACCUGCCCACUCGUUCUGUCUCUCUUCCUCCAUCACACCUCUCUCUCUGAAGGAUAUUACUGCAUCAAUCUGUCAAAAAACAACUUAAAGGACUCAAACAGAUAGUGUUUGUCGACAUGCUGGCUACUCUGGAGACGAUGGGUUAUAUCCCAGGCUGGCCCGGUCCUGCCCAGACCCCGGUAGAGGUGGACCUGGACGUCAUAGAGGAAUAUCUACAGGAACACUCCCUGGAUGUCCGACACACACCUCCUACGCCUCCUGCCACGCCCGCUCAGCAAACACACACACACUCACACCAACACCAGGAGACCAGCGUCAUAGAGAACAGCUGGUCUGGUCAGUAUGCCUACCAGUGGCAUUAUGACUAUAGUUCUCCUAAUAAGGAAUAUGAAAAACAGGCUCCGCCCACAGAAUGGCCUCGUCUUCAUGGCAACCACUGGGAGCACAGCACCUAUUCCAGUGAGACAACUCCCUGCAGUGAGUCUGACUCCUCCAGCUCCCUCUGUCUAGACUACCCUCCAUCCUCUCCCUCCGACGCUCUCUCCUGCCCCCCUGCUGAGAGGAGAGGCAGGAAGACGAGCGAAAUACUGCCCCUCACAUCACACUCAGGAAAGAAGAAGGAGCGUCUGUUCCACUUUCUGUUUGAGAUGCUACAGACCCCCUCCAUGCGGAGCUGCAUCUGGUGGAUACAGUCCUGCUCCGGCACCUUCCAGUUCUCCUCCCAGAACAAGGAGCGUCUGGCCCAGCUGUGGGGCCGAAGGAAGGGAAAUCGCAAGACCAUGACAUACCAGAAGAUGGCUCGAGCACUCAGGAACUACAGCAGAACAGGAGAGAUCUGUAAGGUGAAGAGGAAGCUCACAUACCAGUUUAGUGAGGGAACACUGAGGGGGCUGCAGGGAGCGUGUUAGGGAGAGUGAGAAGGAGGAACAUAUGCUAGCACAGUUACCUGGCAGGGCACAAAGAUAAAUACUGAGUAUUUGUAAGAUGAGGAAGUAGAAGAGGAGGAGCAAGAGGAAGAGGAGCAGGGGGAGGAGGAGCAAGGGGAGGAGGAAGAGGACGAGAAGCAGGAGGAGGAAGAGUAUGAAGAGGGGGGUGAGGAGGAAGAAGAGCAGGAGGAGGAAGAGGAGGGUGAGGAGCAACAUCACCCUAACCCCUAACUCUUCUGUCUUCAACAGGUAGACACCAUGUAGAAGCUAGGGAAAGGGGUCUUCAACAUGUAGAAGCUAGGGAAAGGACCUUCAACAUGUAGAAGCUAGGGAAAGGACCUUCAACAUGUAGAAGCUAGGGAAAGGACCUUCAACAAGUAGAAGCUAGGGAAAGGACCUUCAACAAGUAGAAGCUAGGGAAAGGACCUUCAACAAGUAGAAGCUAGGGAAAGGACCUUCAACAUGUAGAAACUAGGGAAAGGACCUUCAACAUGUAGAAGCUAGGGAAAGGGCCUUCAACAUGUAGAAGCUAGGGAAAGGGCCUUCAACAUGUAGAAGCUAGGGAAAGGGCCUUCAACAUGUAGAAACUAGGGAAAGGGCCUUCAACAUGUAGAAGCUAGGGAAAGGGCCUUCAACAUGUAGAAGCUAGGGAAAGGGCCUUCAACAUGUAGAAACUAGGGAAAGGACCUUCAACAUGUAGAAGCUAGGGAAAGGGUCCUUCAACAUGUAGAAGCUAGGGAAAGGGCCUUCAACAUGUAGAAGCUAGGGAACGGUCCUUCAACAUGUAGAAGCUAGGGAAAAGGGCCUUCAACAUGUAGAAGCUAGGGAAAAGGGCCUUCAACAUGUAGAAGCUAGGGCAAGGGCCUUCAACAUGUAGAAGCUAGGGGAAGGGUAUUCAGGGGCUACAGAAGGGACAAGCCUUUGAACAUUGACUUUGAACAUUAUUUGUAAAUCUGAGGAUUGUCAUUAUAUGAAAACUACUUCAUAAGUAGAGUUUGAAUGAAUCUCAAAUGGCACUGAUUAUUUUAUACACCUAAUGAAGAAAAUGUUGGAUCGGAUGAUAUAUUUUUCUAGACUUUCUUUUUGUUUUAGAUGUAGUCUUUAAUCAUGUGUGUUGAUCAACCGGUUUAGAGAAGAUCCAUGUGUUUUAAACCAUUUGUCUUUGUGUCCUAUGAUUUUAAUAAAAUGUCUGGUAUCUGCCCUCAUACUGUGA